AUUUAUUUAUUUAUCCCAUGCACACAAUUGCCGCUCUAUUCUUACAAAUGGAACUCUUCUUCUUCUCAAUUUUCUUAUUCUUUUUCCUCCCGGCGCCGGUUGCUGCGGCGGAGGCGGGUAAUGACACGGCGGCGCUCUCUCUGUUUCGCUCCCAGACCGAUCCGCACGCCACGCUUCUCUCAAAUUGGACAACCACCGCGGCGCUCUCCGACGCAUGCGCCGCCAAUUGGGUCGGUGUUAACUGCACCAACGGCCGUGUAACCGCCGUCACGCUGCCGUUCCUCAACCUCCGCGGCCCCGUCGACGCGCUAGCCUCGCUCGACCAGCUCCGCCUCCUCGACCUCCGCGGCAACCGCCUGAACGGCACACUCGUGCCCAUUGCACAAUGUCUGAACUUGAAGCUCGUUUACCUAUCGGAAAACGACUUUUCCGGCGACAUACCGACCGAAUUGGCCGCCCUCCACCGCCUGCUCCGCCUCGAUCUGUCGAACAACAACCUCCGUGGCGAAAUUCCGACUCAGCUCUCCAAUCUUACUCGGUUAAUGACACUCCACCUCCAGAAUAACGAGCUCACCGGGACAAUCCCCAAAUUUCUUGAUUCGUUUCAGCAGCUAAAGGAAUUGAAUUUUUCUAACAACGAGCUGUAUGGGAAGGUGUCGAAGAGCUUAAUAUCCCGAUUUGGGGAGUCCAGUUUUUCCGGCAACGAAGGCCUCUGCGGGAACGGCCCUUUCCCCAAAUGUUCCUACACCGGAAAGCCGCCAUCGUCGGCGUCGGAAACCGUGCCGUCAAACCCCAGCUCCUUGCCGGCGACAACUCCGGCUACAAUCGAAGAUCCAUCAAACAAGCAUCACAAGAAACUGAGCAACGGAGCCAUUGUCGCUGUAGCAGUGGCGAAUUCAGUUCUAUUACUAGUGAUCGCCUCCUUCGCCGUCGCCUAUUGCUGCGGGAAGUACUCCAAGGACACAAGUUCCAUGGCGGACAGCGAGGGCGGGAAAAGGAGGAGCAGCAGCUACUCGAGCGAGAAGCGAGUGUACGCCAACAAUGGCGGUGCAGAAAGCGAUGGCACCAAUGCCACCGAUAAGAGCAAGCUCGUGUUUUUCGACAGGAAAAACCAGUUUGAGCUGGAGGAUCUUCUCCGAGCUUCAGCCGAGAUGCUUGGGAAAGGCAGCCUGGGGACAGUGUACAAGGCUGUUCUUGACGACGGAUGUACAGUGGCAGUGAAAAGGCUGAAAGAUUCAAAUCCUUGUGCCAGGACAGAGUUCGAGCAGUACAUGGACGUGAUCGGGAAGCUCCGGCAUCCAAAUGUGGUCAGAUUCAGAGCUUAUUACUAUGCAAGAGAAGAGAAAUUGCUCGUUUACGAUUAUAUGCCUAAUGGCAGCCUGCAUUCACUUCUUCAUGGGAACCGAGGAUCGGGUCGAAUUCCGUUGGAUUGGACAACGCGGAUUGGAUUGGUUCUAGGGGCUGCUCGGGGGCUGGAAAGAAUCCACCAUGAGUACGCAGCUUCAAGAAUCCCUCAUGGCAAUAUCAAGUCAUCGAAUGUUCUUCUAGACAAGAAUGGAAUGGCUUGCAUUUCUGAUUUCGGGUUGUCGUUGCUCUUGAACCCAGUCCACGCCGUGGCCCGAUUGGGAGGCUACAAGGCGCCGGAGCAGAUCGAAACGAAGAGGCUGUCGCAAAUGGCGGAUGUUUACAGCUUCGGCGUUCUUCUUCUUGAGGUGCUGACAGGCAGGGCUCCUUCGGAGCAUCGAUCGCCCGGUCGGCGUGCUUCGAAAGACGAGGACAACGAAGUGUCGAUGGACUUGCCGAAAUGGGUUCAGUCAGUGGUGCGGGACGAGUGGACUGCCGAAGUUUUCGAUAAAGAAUUGUUGAGGUACAAGAACAUCGAGGAGGAGUUGGUGUCGACGCUCCACGUAGCGAUGGCCUGCGUGGCUGCGCAGGCGGAGAAGAGGCCUACGAUGGCGGAAGUGGUGAAGAUGAUCGAGGAGAUACGGGUGGAGCAGUCGCCGCUUGGGGAGGAUUACGACGAGUCGCGUAAUUCGCUCUCGCCGUCGCUGGCCACCACGGAGGAGGCUUUCUGAUGGAUGAGUUUGUUCAUCCACUUGUUUUUUUGGAAUGCAGUUUGUGCGUCAAUUGUGUUGAGAAGAUGAUAUGUGUUAAUUGUUUGUUAUUCUUGCACUACUACUGACUAACUAGUAAGCAAGUGUAGUUUGAGGGAUUCAUCGAUUCCUAUUAUGUUCCUUUCGUUCCAUCAUCAGUUUUAUUUUGUCAUUGCAGUAGUUUUGUGGGAAUUGGCCUGUCUUCAAAUUCUAAAUUUGCAUGGACAAAUUGACAUAUGUAAAUAGUCUUUC